AAUAAAGAGUGGAGACUGGAAACUGGAGAGGAAAAAAACACAAACGCAAGAUAGAACGAGUGGAGUAUAGAAGAGUGAGGUAUAGGAGUUGGGGUAAAAAAGAACAUAAACUGAAGAGGAAUGCCAGCGAGGAAAAAAUGAAAAGUGUGCUUUUGACUCUUGGUCUACUCUUCGUCACUCCCGGAAGGUGCAUCGAUAAUAAUCAUGCUGAUGACAACAGAGAUCUUGAGCUCGAUCUUGAUCCUCUUGAUCGUGGACCGUACUUUGAUGUGGCAGCGUCUCAUAAUGUCACUGCACUUGUCGGAAAAUCUGCGAUACUCAGGUGUCGCGUGAGAAACUUAGGAGAUCGCACAGUAUCCUGGGUUCGGCACAGGGAUAUUCACCUUCUCACAGUAGGAACUGACACCUACACAUCCGACCAAAGAUUCGUAGCCUCACAUUUUCCACGUACUGAAGACUGGACACUUGAGGUCAAAUAUCCCCAGCUCCGUGAUUCCGGAACGUAUGAGUGCCAAGUAUCGACAACUCCACCCAUUGGAUAUUCAAUGCAUUUGUCAGUUGUCGAACCCGUGACGACAGUAAUUGGCGAACCGGAAAUGUACAUAAACCGAGGUAGCACUAUGAACUUAACGUGCGUAGUGGAGUUCAGCCCAGAACCACCUCCAGCGAUAUAUUGGACUCACAAUGAGGAGGAGAUUAAUUACGACAGUCCACGAGGUGGAGUUUCUGUAAUCACGGAAAAGGGUGAGAUUACUACUUCUUAUCUUUUAGUCCAACGUGCGCAACCGGCAGACAGUGGAAGUUACACUUGUCAUCCCAGUAAUGCCAACGAUAAAACUGUUACCGUUCACAUUCUCAAUGGCGAGCAUCCAGCCGCAAUGCAACACGGUGGACAACUAAGGCUGGGAAAUCCACCAUUUGUCAUUCUGCUGUCAAGUUUUUUGACCUUUUUCAAUUACCGACACUGAACUUGUCUCUUAGUUUGAAUCCCUACUGCACUAUCUCCUUGGCAAUAGUUUCAAUUAUUUUAUUUAUACAUAUAUAUACAUAUAUAUUAGACUUGGCCAAAAAAAUAGAC